GGUCCGUCGUAGGUCUCACGGCUGGUUCCCCUCCGAACCGGGUCGGAGCGACGCCAUUGGCUGCUUCGCCCGUCACUCAAGGCCUCGGCGCGUGCUGUUUAUUUGGAAGGCUGCGAUUGGCUCGGCGCGGGUGGUGACGGGAGGGAGGAAGUCGGCGGGUGACGUCACGCAGCGCCCCUCGGCCGCGGAAGACGGGGCUCAGCCAGGAUCGCCGCCCCGUGCCCGCCGUGCCGCUCGGCCGCGUCCUGCGGUUUCCCGUCCCCGCGGCAGCGCCCGGCGGCGCUGGGUCUGGCCGUGGCCGCGGGGCUGCUGCUGUUGCUGGCGGCCGCCGGGCCCCGCCGCUGGGCCUCGCCGCGCCGUGACGCCCGGCGGGACGAGAGGUACCUGGCGCGGAUGGAGGAGCUGGCGGCCACCGACACGGAGGACGCGUCGCUGAGCUACGGGGUGGUGGUGGACUGCGGCAGCAGCGGCUCCCGGGUGUUCGUCUACGUGUGGCCGCCGCACAACGGGCACCCGCACGACCUGCUGGACAUCCGGCAGAUGCGGGACCGCAACAGCCGCCCCGUCGUCAUGAAGGUUAAACCCGGCAUCUCGGUGGCCGCGGCGGCCCCGGAGCGAGCCACGGCCUACCUGCGGCCCCUGCUGCGCUUCGCGGCCGCACACGUGCCGGAGGAGAAGCACAAGGAGACGCCGCUGUACGUCCUGUGCACGGCUGGCAUGCGGCUGCUGCCUGAGAGGCUGCAAGCUGCCAUCCUGGAGAACCUGGUGAAAAACGUGCCCCUGGAGUUCGAUUUCCUCUUCUCCAAAUCGCAUGCUGAAGUCAUCUCAGGGAAGCAGGAAGGUGUCUACGCUUGGAUCGGCAUCAACUUUGUGCUGGGACGGUUUGAUCACGAGGAUGAGGACGCUGCAGUUGUCACCGUAGCGCUGGGAGACCAGGUGGAGUCCUUGGUACGGAAACGAACGGUCGGGAUCCUAGACAUGGGGGGGGCCUCUCUGCAGAUCGCCUACGAGGUGCCUGGCUCCGGAGCCUUUUCAUCCCCGCAGCAGGAGGAGGCUGCCAAGAGCCUACUGGCAGAGUUCAACUUGGGCUGUGACGUGCAGCACACCGGCCACGUCUACCGCGUCUACGUCAACACCUUCCUGGGCUUCGGAGGCAACUUUGCUCGACAGCGCUAUGAGGAGCUUGUGCUGAACCAGACCUAUGUGCACAACCGCCUGCACAGCCAGCAGAUAGGGCUGAGCCCUGAGACUCCCUUCCUGGACCCCUGCCUGCCCAAGGGGCUGGAGGACACGGUGACAAGGGGCAGCCAAACCCUGUAUGUGCGCGGGCGAGGGGACUGGCAGGCCUGUGCUCUGCUGCUGCGUCCACUCCUGGCAGGGUCCAACAGCAGCCAGGACUCUCUGACUGGGGCCUACAAAGCACCCAUCGACUUCAGCAACAGUGAGUUUUAUGGCUUCUCUGAGUUCUACUAUUGCACUGAGGAUGUGCUGCGCCUAGGGGGCCGCUACAGUGCCCGUGCCUUCAUCUCUGCUGCCCAGGAAUAUUGCAGCCAGAGCUGGGAGGUGCUGACCCAGCGCUUCCAGAGCGGCCUGUACUCAGCACAUGCAGAUGAGCACCGGCUCAAGUAUCAGUGCUUCAAGUCUGCCUGGAUGUACCAAGUCCUUCACCAGGGCUUCCACUUCCCCCUGGACUACCCCAGCCUGCUCACAGCCCAGCUGGUGUAUGACCGUGAGGUGCAGUGGACGCUGGGAGCCAUCCUCUACAAGACACGCUUUCUGCCACUCAGGGAUCUCCGGCAAGAGAGCAGCCGGCAAGCACACACCUCCUGGCUGCGCCUUUCUUUUGUCUACAACCACUAUCUCUUUUUUGCCUGCAUCCUGGUCGUAGGGCUGGCCAUAGUCCUCUACCUCUUGCGGCUGCGCCGCAUCCACCGUCGGCAGCUGGACCUGCUCUGGUUGGACAAGGUGGUGCUGCUGCCCCCAGGCCAGGGGGACUUGCCAUGAUAUCAGUGGGACAGUGACUGUCCAGUUGCACCAGCAGAACCAGGACUGGAUCCCAGCCAGGGUUCCAAGAACUUGGACUCUUUCCUGAGGACCAUCUCAACUCUGUGCUCCGUUAUCUCCAUGUCAGAACCUCAGACCACAUGGCUGAGGCAGUUGUGGACACUGGAGCUAACCUCUCUGCCUCACCCAGUCGUAAUCUUUGUUUCUUGGCCUCUGAACUUUGCCUUGCUGCACAGUGUAAAGAAAAACCCUUUACUGACAGCACUCACACUGCAGCCCUUGCUGGGCCCUCAGAGGAGCCGACAUUACUGAGGCAGCCAGCUCAGGGCUGUGGCCUGAAGCACCAGACCAUCCUACAGCUUAGCCACCAGUUUGCAGAGCAGGCUGGUGAGGUGCUGUAGCUUAUCCGUGCCUGGUGUAGUCUUUCCACAAUCUCACACAGGUUCCAGGAACCAGGCGAGCAGCAGGCUCCACUGAGCUGUUCUGCCAGGCCUGACCUCACUCAGAACAUUCCCUGUCACACUGAGGGGUCCUGCUGUGUGCCAUGUGUGCCAUGCGCUCCUCUCAGACACUCCUAGGCUAUGCCUAAGGGGCAGCACUGAGGGCUCAGGGAACAUUUCAUAAGGCUACAUUUUGUUUUAGUUGUUCCCUCCUAAGCAUCCUCCCCCUGUGGCAUCCCACAAGCUAAUCUGGCACUAAGUGCAAGGACCAGUAGUUCUUUCCCCCUGAGUGCAGGCUGGGCCUGCCUGUGGGGAAGCCACCUCUCUAGCUACGUAUCCCUCCAUGCCUGGCCUUCAUCUUCUAGGCCCGGAGCCCCAGUUCCCCUAAUCAAGUUCUUCACUUUAUACUUGAAAUCAUCUGUUAUUCCUGAAGCAAUUAAAAGAAAAAAAACCUUUGAGCCAA